AUGGCUAAUGUGCUUCGCAGAAUGGACAGUGAUGUUCCUGCAAUGGGAUUCUUCCAUGGAUUAAUGCUUGAUGCAAAGAAACAUAUUGCUGUGAGGUUUGACAAUGAUGAGAGCAAGUACAAAGUUGCUUGGGACAUCAUUGAUAAAAGAGCUGCUGUUAUUACAUGCAUUUGCAAGAUGAUUGAGGACGAAGAAACCCAAGACACUGUAAUUGAAGAACUCAACAUGUAUCAAGAUCAGCAAGGAUCUUUCGGCCAUGAGAUUGCUAUAAGGCAAAGGAGAAACAAGAAUUUUAAUCCAGCAAAAUGGUGGCUGAACCAUGGCACCAGCACACCAAAGUUGAGAACUUUGGCAUCUAGGAUUCUUAAUUUGACAUGUAGCUCAUCAGCUUGUGAGAGGAACUGGUCAGCUUUCGAAGAGGUUCAUACAAAGAAGCGCAAUAGGCUGCUGCAUGACAGGAUGAGGGAUCUUGUGUUUGUGAAAUUCAACUCUAAACUAAGGAACAAGAGAGAGAACAAAAACAGAGAUCCCAUAGAGAAAGAAGUAGAUGAUGUUCUUGCUGAUUAUGAAAAUGAGUUCAUCACUGGGAAAGAACCAACUGCAGAAGCUGAUGAAGAACAAGAGAAAGCUCAUGAAGAUGCAUCGGAAGAGGCACCAAACAGGGCAUCAUCAUCACAGGGACAAGCCAAAAGGAAGAGGAGUUCUCGGCCUAGGAAGAAAAUCAAGACCGUGAGCCUGCAGUCCUUGAUGGCUAUGCGUGUUGAAACAAUGCCGCAAGCUGCUUCUUCUUCUGAAUCGGAGUCUGAUAAGUCUCCUUCAAAUUCUGGAGAAGAAUAG